AUGGGGAUAAGAUUUUUCGUACUUGUUGUCCUUUUGGGACUAACACUUUCUACAUUAGAUGCCAAGUCUUUAAAAGGUAAGAGAAUCCUUUCUAAAAAUAUUUAUGGUUGUGUCCUAGUUUCAGUUGAUAUCAUAGAAAGUUUUCAAAAAUUUCUGAAGUAUCUUCUUUCCUCUCCUGAGAGCAAAGAAUUCUUUAAAUACACUUCACCGUGUGCAAAGUGUGCAAUCUAAACUUGAACCACUUUUGAAGGCCACGGUUGGAUUAACUAAACAAUUUAAUAUUUUAUCGAAUGCAAUGUUUCCCUCUUAAUCAACUUAAUAGGAGGGGUUUUUCAGCGUUAAUCUCUUCCCGAUAGUGCUAUGAAAUUUAACUGUUAUUUAGUGCGUAACACUGUGACAGUUUGAGAAAAAAUAGGUUGAAUCAAGCUAUCCACAACAAAACGUAAAACCAUCUUAGUUUCAACCAUUUUAACUCCUUAAAUUUGUGAACUGUUGAAGAAGAAUACUUAAAACGAAGAAUUUAAAUUUGCAUAGUUUCCGACUUUUCACUUUAGCUAAGUUUAGUUAAGCGGUUUGAUCUCUUCUCGAGUAUCUGAUGAUCGGGGUAAAAACACACGUGAGAAGACUGUCUGUGAUCUGCAUCAUAAUUGACUUUAUGUGUAAGGUUACUUGAUACUCACAAAACUCUUCACACAAUGGCUAUCACAAUUUCUCAGAAAUGAUUAGUGAAAGAGUCAAGUUAUUUAAGGGAGUUAGGUAUAAAAGUUCUUUUAUACCGCUAACCUUCUUUUAAUUUUAAAUUUCUUUUUCUUCUCUCCCCUACAAAAGGACACAAGAAAUCCAAGCACGGUAAGCUCCUUAAAGCUCUCAUUCAUACGGGGCCCGAGAAAGGUAAUCAAUGAAUCGCUCAUUUGCAUGCCCAUGUUUCAACUGAAAUUUGCAUGUGGAACGGACACCGUAUGUAAUGGCUUGUGCAGAUUUGCUAUGGUUAACGUUACUAAGAAAAGAUUAGAACUGCAAUUCCCUAAUUCCUCACUUAUUUUAGACUGCUAAAGCUUGGAAGUGGUUCCAAAAGGUACGGUGAUGCUUCCGAAAUUUAAAAAUGAACAUGACAAUAAUUUGAGCACCUCACAAGAUCACGAAUGCACCUCUCAAUCUUGAUUGAAACGAUUAAAGGCAGCCGAAACACUGAAUUUAAUGUUAGAAAAACCUCCUAGAUCAUGUUUGCUUUACUAUGCCGUACGCAUACACGGUCAAAGAAACCAAGGUUACACUACUUUCUGCAAGAGCGGCUUCCUUGGGAAAAUCGCGAUAGUUUCUGGCUUUUUUCGUUGCUUGUCAGAGAAAGGCCGUGCAAAAUGUUCUGAUUUCUUCUUAAUUUGUCAUAGACGAAGACACAAAGAAGAAUGAUGAACCUGCUGCCGAAGAAGCCUCAGGAAGUGCUGCUGGUAAGUGGGUAGCAUGUGCACAUUUAGGGCUUUAGCCUGUUAAGACGUUUUUUACAUGUGGGCAACAUACACACACACUUGAGGAUAGCAUCCGGGAUCUGAAAAUGGUCUCCACCAACACAUUUUCGCCCAGAAUCCAGACCUGGCGAGCGUGUCUUUGCUCAUCCGCCAUUGACUUGGAAAAAUAAAACUCAAAACAAAGUUUGAUAGGAAAUAAAGCAAUGCUCAAUGCAUCUGUCAUAUCUGCCUUUACUCCCCGCGGACUAUUCGGGUUACGUUGUGUCAAUUAUCAAGCUCAAAACUUUUUCUCGUUCAAACAUAAUUAUAGGUGCAUCCGCAGCCGGAAGUGGAGAAGAAUCCGGCUCCACCGAAGAAGGUAUGCUUGUUUUGUUUCUUGAAAUAUUGUCCAGAUUACUUUGAGCUUUUUUGCCAUAAAUCACUCAAGGUAAUUUGAUAACCUCUAUGUGGCAAAGCGUCAAUUCUCGUUUGUCAUAAGAGACAAAAACAUGAAAGAGAUUAAAUUUCUAGCAGAGCGUUCGAGUAGACUUUAGGGUACUCUUGGUGUGUAAAGGGGAUUCGAGUUUUUUUGUUUCUUUGAUUCGAGGUUUUUGUUUUCCUUACUAAGAAGCAAACAAAGUGUUAAUUAUUGAAACGAAAAACUUAGACUGCUAAAUUAGUUUUGCAAUCAGAGGGAGUAAUAUACAACACUGUUACUAUUUCGGCUGGUGCCUAAUUGACAUUCAGUUCACAUUUUAUUACUGCAGUAGGUGUUUUCUGUCCACAGCCUUUUGCACAGAUUUAAUUUCGUUUUCCUUAUUCUGUUCUGACAGCUCCACCAACUGAAGGUGAAGGACCACCUCCUCUCGUAGUCCCCACCCCUGCCCCUGAACCCCGAAUCUGCCCUGGCACCUGUCCCCAAGUGUGCGCACCAGCCUGUAUGGAGAAUUGUUGUCAAACACCCAUGCCCCCACCCUGCACACCACCUGGUCCUUGCCCUGCUCCCUUGCCGGUACCAAUGCCUGCUCCCUGUCCCUCAGUUUGUGCACCAAUGAAUCUUCCCUCAUGUUGCCAAGCUCCGCCCCCUCCACCCCCCUCCCCCACCCCCACCUCCACCACCAGCCGGUCCCCCAGUUGUUCUUUGUGGAACUACCUGUGUUGAUGGAUGCGGACCGACUUGCCCACCACAAUGCUGCAAGCACCACAAGAGAGGACAACUAAAGAGAACCUCGCACAAACACUGAGACUUAGUCAAUCAUCUCUCAGCUGUAAAUAGAACUGUGAUGGUACUCCUUGGAUGUCCAAGGAAUUAUAUAGCUGAUUUAGAAAUCAUUCCAAGAAUGCUAUAGUUAAUACAAUAAUUGAACUUUGAUAAUCAAUGAUUUUUCAACGAAAUGUAAUUUAAAUUUAGAUUGGUUUACGGUUAGGACAGAUUGAUUUUAUAAUAUGAUUUGAAGGAAUAAAUUUGUUCUGAUUAAUGUUUUGAGACAAGUUUCUUGAGAAUUCUCUGUUCCUCUUCUUGAACGUUUGGCAAGGCUUCCCAUCUUUAACUUCUGGCUCAGUUUUCUAUGCUUGCAUGUUUGACAACAACUUAUAGAAAGGAAAGAGGAAGCACAUUUUGAAAAGCGAAUGACAUGAUCAUUAUCGUCUGCCAUCGAGUUAAAGCUCGGGAGCCUUGACUCUUUGUAAUUUUCACUAAAUUUUACACUUUUAGGUAGAAUGUAUCUACCGCAAGUGCGAUCUCUUUCGACAAAUUACUGUUUGGCAAAAAGAAAUAUAGGAAACAUAAAGUCUAACUGUUGUCAAAAAUGUAAGCUAAUCUAUUUUCUUUCCUUUCCUUUCGUAGCUGAGGCAACUUCGACACCUAAACUACCAUAUAAGGUUGUAGGUCCUAUAGGGGGACAUCCACAUCCAGGUCCUCCAGCUGCAUACAAUCCGUGUCCCCAGCCUCGAUACUGCGACCCCGCCAGGUGCAAAGAUCCAAUUGGAUGUGCUCCAUCGUGCUCUGAGACUUGCUGUGCCGAUAUUCUUAUUCCACCACCUACUCCACCCGUCGGUUCUGGGGCAGGUCCAUGCCCUGAUGCAUGCGCACCGACAUAUCAGCCUUCGUGUUGCAUGGGUGCCCCUCCCCCUAUGGCUACCCAGCCAUUUCCUCAACCCGUAUAUCCCCCUAUGGGACCUCAACCAGGAUUCGCACCCCCAGCUGGUUAUGGUCAACCUGUAGUCAUUCCGCAGCCUCCACCUGGCGGAUGUGGACAGGGCUGCUUAGCCACAAAUUGUGCCCCACCCUGCCCACCGCAGUGCUGUCGAAGAAAGAAGUCAGUGAUUCACCACCACGACCGUAAGACGAGAUCUUUAACGUCACGCUUUGCAAUGUGCCACUAGUCUUUCAAAAAUAGAUUUACACGGGUCAGACAUCGUGGAAGACGAAGCGAGCAUGUUUUAAUAUGCUUAUAGUUAUCAAUCAGAAAAAAAGGUGUUCAUACUUCUCUUUCCUAACACAACUUCCCGAGCUAACUCUAGGCUUUGGCUUAAUGGAAUAGCUAACAAUUUGUAUUUAGAGAAGGUUAUAAAAAAUUUGGAAUUUAGGAAAGAAAAGCCACACAUAAAGACACUUAACUUCAACAUUACUGUGGCUUUCGACGACAUAGAUUAUGCCUGUUUCUAGUAUAAGGGUCUUGAAUGUUGGUAAAACGAAGGUGAUUUUCUUUACUACGGUUAUACAGGUUUUUCCACAUCAUAACCCUUAAGAAGACAUCUGGUGAUAUUAAAGAGCCCGAUAAGUAUCUGCUUCUUGACAGGAGUAUAGAUAAAUUGGGUCUGCCAGACUUUCUUGAAGGUCAAGAGGAUUUAUUUCUUCUUUCCCUUUUUCGAAAAAAUAAAAACGAGUUCAUAGUUC